UUUAUUCCCGUUUCGCGGGGGCUGAGUCACGGCCCGAGGCGCCGAGGGUCAGCCCGGGGGGGGCCGUGAGGCGGCGCCCCCGGUCCCACUCCCCGCCCCGCCCCGCCCCGGCCCGCCCUCACGUGACGCCUCCCGUUGCAAUUUUAGACCGUCAGCUGACUCGAGAAAUCCCUGGAGAGGGGCCACCGUGCCUACAAAAACAGGGACGGCAGCCCGGGAGCGGCGUCGGGGCCUCUCAGCGUCGGGACCCUCCAGCCUCUGACUCCCGUCACCGCCGCCGCCAGCGCCAUUGCCGCCAUGGGGCCCCGCGGCCUCCUCUUGCUGCUCGCCCUGGCCGGGUCCUGCGCCGCCCUCAUCAGGAUCCCCCUGACCAAGUUCGCCUCCAUGCGGCGGAUUUUGAAUGAGGUGGGCAGCGAGAUCCCAGAUGUGAAUGCCCUCACCCAGGUCCUCAAGUUCAAGCUGGGCUUUGCCAAUAAGGAGCCCACUCCAGAGAUUUUGAAGAACUACAUGGAUGCCCAGUAUUUUGGCGAAAUCGGCAUCGGGACCCCGCCUCAGAAUUUCACUGUGAUCUUUGACACUGGCUCCUCCAACCUCUGGGUGCCAUCUGUGCACUGUUCCAUAAUGGACAUCGCCUGCAUGCUGCACCACAAGUACGACUCCUCUAAAUCCAGCACUUACGUGAAGAAUGGCACCUCAUUUUCCAUCCACUAUGGGACAGGGAGCCUUACUGGGUUCCUCAGCGAGGACGUAGUCACGCUCGGUAACUUGAAAAUCAAGCAUCAGACCUUUGGGGAGGCCGUGAAGCAGCCAGGCAUGACAUUCAUCGCUGCCAAGUUUGACGGCAUCCUGGGCAUGGCAUUCCCAAGGAUCUCUGUGGACCAGGUCGUCCCUUUCUUUGAUAACAUCAUGCAACAGAAGCUGAUCGAGAAAAAUGUGUUCUCUUUCUACCUGAACAGAGACCCCAGUGCUCAGCCUGGUGGUGAGCUGCUCCUGGGAGGGACCGAUCCCAAGUAUUACACCGGCGAGUUCACCUGGAUGAACGUCACGCGCAAGGCUUACUGGCAGAUCCACAUGGACUCGGUGCAGGUUGGCAACGAGACAACUGUGUGCGAUGGAGGCUGUGAGGCCAUUGUGGACACGGGAACCUCACUCAUCACUGGCCCUAAAACAGAAGUGAAGCAGAUACAGAAAGCCAUCGGUGCAAAACCACUCAUCAAAGGCGAGUACCUGGUGCCCUGUGAUAAAGUGCCAACACUGCCUGUCAUCACAAUUACACUAGGAGGGAAGCCCUACGAUCUCACAGGAGAGCAGUAUAUCCUCAAGGUUUCUUCAGGAGGACAGACCAUGUGCCUGAGUGGCUUUUCAGGCCUGGACAUCCCACCCCCUGGGGGCCCACUCUGGAUCCUGGGAGAUGUCUUCAUUGGUCCCUACUACACUGCCUUUGACCGUGAUAACAACUCUGUUGGCUUUGCCAAAAGUGCCUAAACACAUGACCCCCACUGCCUCUGCCACACACACACUUACACACACACGGGAGCUGUAGAGAAAGGUUACCAGUAUUAGAAACCCAGUGAGUGGAAUGGGAAAAAAAAAAAGAAAUGGAACUAGAUUUUAAAUUACAUGGAAAAUAG